CUCACCUCAUUCAAGUUUGUGGGGAGCGGAGGAGCACUCCUGAAGUAAACACGCGAUGAUCUGGACGAUAUUUCUCCUGGUUCAAGCCGUCAUCCUCUACUGUAUUCUCUCUCAGCGAUCCAGACUGAAGAGUGACCCACCUUUGGACAAAGGAGUCAUUCCCUGGUUGGGCCAUGCACUUGAAUUUGGAAAGGAUGCCGCCAAAUUCUUAAGUCGAAUGAAGCAGAAACAUGGUGACAUUUUCACGGUGCGUGUUGCUGGGCGUUAUGUGACCGUGCUGCUGGAUCCACACUCAUACGAUGCUGUCAUCGACGACCCUGUUUCCCUGGACUUCACACGCUACGCACAGGUUCUGAUGGACAGGAUCUUCAACCUGCAGCUGCCCCAUCACCAGGGUGCCAAAGCUAAAGCCAUGAUGAAACAGCACUUCCAGGGGGCCAAUUUGGUGUGGCUCAACGGCACCGUGCACAAACACCUGUGGGCUUUACUGAAAGCUGAGACACUUCAGAACCAGACAGACUGGAAAGAGGAGGGACUGUUCAACUUCUCUUACAGCUUACUAUUCAAGCUUGGAUACCUCACGCUUUUUGGAGGAGAACAGAACAACAACGGCACAGACCCCUCAGAUGUCUAUAAGGAGUACCGGAAGUUUGACAGACUCUUGACCAAAAUGGCAAGAGCCACACUAAAACCAGAUGAGAAGAGGACAGCGCAGAGUGUGCGGCAGAGACUCUGGGAGCUUCUGGCUCCAGCAGGUCUGAGUGCAGACUCAGGGUCCAGCCCCUGGCUUCAGGGCUACAGACAGCAGCUGCAGGAGGAAGGGGCUGAUGAGGAGGUGCAGAGGAAGGCUGUGCUGCUGCAGCUGUGGGCCACACAGGGCAACGUUGGUCCUGCUGCAUUUUGGCUCUUGGGUUACUUGUUGACAAACCCUGAGGCCCUGACAGCCGUGAGGAGGGAAUUCAGCAGGAUCUCACAGAUGGAAACUUCACAGACGCCUCUGCUGGACAGCCUGGUGCACACCCCUGUGUUUGACAGCGCCUUGGAAGAGGCAUUGAGACUUACUGCUGCCCCCUUCAUCACCAGAGAGGUAGUGCAGGAAAAGACCUUGCACAUGGCUGAUGGCAAGGAGUAUCUGCUACGGAAGGGAGACAGAGUGUGUUUGUUCCCCUUCAGCAGCCCUCAAAUGGACCCUGAGAUUCACCAUGAGCCACAGAAAUACAAGUAUGAUCGCUUCCUGAAUGAAGAUGGAUCAGAGAGGAGAGAUUUUUAUAAAGGAGGGAGGCGGCUGAAAUAUUACACCAUGCCGUGGGGCGCCGGGACCAAUGGCUGUGUGGGAAAGCAGUUCGCCAUCAAUACCAUCAGACAGUUUGUCUACAUGGUGCUCACUUAUUAUGACUUCGAGCUUUGUGACCCAAAUGCUCAGAUGCCUGAGGUCGAUGCCAGUCGCUACGGAUUUGGGAUGCUGCAGCCGAAAGGAGACUUAUUCAUCCGAUAUAAAGCCAAAUCUUCCCUGUACGACUGUUAAAGUCAUACAAACCACACAUAAUACUCUUAUUUAUGCACAUUUCAACUGUUGCUUCAGCUGUUAAUAUACCCUUUGUAUUUUUAUACUGUAAAAUUGUAUUAUACUGUAAAAUAUUAUUUUAUUUAACUUUAUUUGUAAAUAUUGCAAUCUGUACAACAUUGUGGUAUAGACUUUAUUGUUUUAUCAUUAAUAUUAAUAUUAUUAUCAUUAUUUUAUUUAUAUUUUAUUAUAUUAUAUUAUUAUUAUUGUUAUAUUAUUUUUUUUUAUUAUUUUUGUGUGGAAAAAGUAUCAGUAAAUAUGAUGCAGGCCUAUUGCAGCCAGUUGGACCCACAUCUAAAUUUUAUGUUUUAUACAGUAAUAAUAACAUGUUGGAAAUCUGAAAAGCAAUCAAUUUGUGUUUGAUGGUCAUUUUUAGGAGCUGUAAAAGGUGAGGCACUUGAGAGUGUUUCUGUAUGUUCAAUAGAGUGCCUGAAUGUAAUGAGGGGACUUCCUGUACUGUAAACAGAGAAGACCACACAUUGAUCUCACUGGCACAUGCUUGCUGUUUGCAGAGUGAAGCUGAGUGGAAAGUUUAGAUUUAUGUCAUUUGGAAAACAGCUGAUCACUUUCUAUCAAGAACAGAUGCCAUUUUCCAGGGCAAGAUCCACUGACAUGGGUCAGUUUUUACAUUUUUUUAGGGAACAACAAACAGCGUCUGAAAUUGGUCUAAUAAGCUUAUGCUGCGGCAUGCCUAUCACUCCACACCUUUUUGAUAUAUCGCUAAGUUGUAGUACAUAACAUUAUCAAUCCAACAUAACAGCAUUUGAGUAUGUAACAAUGUACAGCCACAAAGGACAAAUAAUGCCCCUUGCAGGCCUCAUGAAGUUUGGCUUUGGUUUAAUUGUGUCUCCUAAGUUUUAAAUCCUAUUGUGUGGAUUAAUGAGCAACUGUUCCACUGAACCCAACUGUGUUAUGGAACCAAGCCAGGCAGAUUAUCUCUGCCAAGAGACACGCUGGCUGAAAUAUAAAUAAUGCUGCAUAGACCUACUGUUAUGUUAUGUUUUAAAGAAUGAAAUCUGAUGUUGUAAACUUGCCAUACUUUUGAAUUUUGCAUACAAGUUCUAACACUCUGUUAACUGAAAUUAAAAUCACUAUUGUAUUCCUAUGAGGGCUUACAGCAUGUUUGUUGCGCUGUUAUUGUUAUUAGUUAGUGACCAUGUUAUACUUCAAGUUAUUUUGUAUUUCCUGUGGUAACAAAAUAAUACCCCCAUAGGGAGUUAUAGUGUGUGUAAUUAAUAGUGAGGUUACAAUGGGCUGAUCAAAUUAAAAGUGAUAUUUUACCUGCCUUAA